AUGGGUCGGCUCGACCCAUCAGGUCAAAAUCACUCAGACAACACAUCAUGCAAGAACUUCGUGAUAUCAGCAUUACGCUAUCAUAAUAAUUGUAAGACAAAGAACGGAGAUGUUUGCCUUAUGGGGAAGUAUCAUAAUCUUCUUUACGUCGCCAUGAAGCUGGCUUUUGAUUGGAGCUUGCAAGACAAUGGUGUGGUGGCAGCUUUGUUGGACGAGCUGUACGCCUGUGAGAGGACCUUUGAAAGAAUAUUCUUAGGAGCAAUUUUCGGCACAUCAGCACCGUACUUCUUAGCUGGUUGGAAAUCUGACUUCAUGGACAAAGAAGAAAACGUUCACGCUCUAGUAUUCUUUCUAGACCAUGCAACUAACGCUAACCUAGAAUAUGAAGAUAAUGGAAAAACCUAUCGAUUCAUUGAUGUGCCUUUGGAGAGCUGUGGUCAUGCUUCUCCUGUGAGGGUCGUUAUACAAAUGGGAGCAUCAGAAAUGUUAAUGAUACUACUAAGAUUUGGAGCCAGGAUAACGUCAGAUGUAGUCUCAACCAAUCCCAUAGAAUCCAUCUUGGAUCGCUUGAAUGAAUAUAACAGAAAAUAUCCAUAUGAAUUAGUAUCUUGUUUAAAAUUGGCUAUGAGAGCUGUUCCCAGCAUUUCUUUAUCAGUCGAUAAAAAUGUGCUAAAGCAUUUGGAACUACCCGAAGACUACAAUUACCAAAGAAAAUUGAUGUUGGAAAAAUAUGGAGAUAUUUUGGCCGAUCAUUUGGUUCCAGCUUCUAGAUGUGGACUAAAACCAGUUGAAUUGAAGCAUUUGUCGAGGUGUAAAAUCAGGCAAAUUUUGUGGAGUAAUUUUGAGCUACCGUUUGGAAUUCAGAAGUUACCUGUACCUAUGUCUUUGAAACGAUACUUAGACUUGUGUGAAGAUUAA